UCGUGCUAUAAAGUUGUCAUCGAGGGCGUUGUUUGUUUUGGUUUUCUCAAUUUACAAAAAUCCUGCCAGAAAAUGCAUUCCCAGGUGGUUUUUGGUAUUCUCUUUUGCCUGGCUACAUUCCAUAAAGCAUCUGGAAUCUGGUGCUAUCGCUGUACUUCAGCCACUCCCGGAUGUGGCCUGUAUGACUUCAAUUGGCGCGGGAUUGGAUACCUGGGGGAACAGUGCCCAGAAGAUGAUGACAUCUGCAUGAAGGUGAUCGAAAAGACAGGCACUAGCGAGACUGUAAUUAGGGACUGCUUCAGCUCCCUCCGGGCCUUCAGGACGGACAUCCCAGCAGACAGGUAUGAAGGCUGUCGACCGGCUGCCAAGGAUGUCCGUCUCGGUCACUACGUUAACAACAGCAUUCGGGAGCUGGAUGUCCAUCGAACUCACUUCGACAGUACCACCUUUUGCUUCUGCUUCCUGGAUCACAGAUGCAACUCCUCGCCUUCCAUCAGCCUCUCACUGGCAGUCAUCGCAGGGACUACAAUUUUCAUUCUGUGGCAUUUAUUGAGCUUCAAUUAGGUUUACACAUCUCAAGGAAAGGUCUAAAGUUCUAAACGUCCGACUAAUUCCGUCCAUUUUUUUAGUGUAGUAAUAACUUUUUUUUUAAAAAAAUUACCAAUAAAAAGAAUCACUGAAUUAGUGCCUGAAAAAGGUGAUUGAAUGAAAAGGAUGGAA